AUGGCCUCAGUAUUUGAGCUAUCACCAUUUAGCGAAAACAAUCACCAAAAGAGUUCUGGAUACUCUAGUCCUCAUACAGUGGUGGCGCCAACUGCUACUGCUGCUGCUGUUGCUACUGAGGCAGAUCUACUCAUAAUAAAUCAGGCUGUUGGUGGUGCUCUUGGCUGCGUGGAGGUUGUGGUUGGUGGUGAAGAUGUGGGUGGCUGGGAAGAGCAACAAGUGAACCGAAAAGCUGUGAAGAUUUGGUUGUCGAAGCUCAGGGAUGCAGCUUAUGUAACUGAGGACCUGCUAGAGCAUCUUACUGUGGAAGGCAAGCAGUAUACCUUCAUGGAAGGGAGGAAGAUAGUACAGCAGUUAUUAUCUUGUGAAGCUACCCAGGAAGGAUAUCCAACAGUUAUUCCAAAAACCGGUGUUGGGGGCAUUGGCAAGACAAAUCUUGCGCGAUUGGAUAUAAUGAUGAGAGGAAAGAGAUACCUCAUUAUGCUAGAUGAUGCUUGGAGUGAGGAUCACAUUGAGUGGGGCAAGAUAAGGCCUUUGUUGAUAGGGGGUCUUGCUGGAAGUAAAAUCAUCAUCACUUCUCGUAGUAAAAAAGUUGCUAUGAUGAUGGACUCCCCAAUCUUCCCUUACCAUUUGAAGGGUUUGGAUGAAGAUGAUUUCUGUGCUUUGUUCAGGCAACGGGAUUUUCGGAGAGGAGAAGAAGGGCAGUAUCCAAAUCUUUUGCCAAUAGGAAAGCAGAUUGCCAGAAAAUUUGGAGGGCUGCCGCUUGCUGCAAAAACUUCGGGAAGCUUGACGCGCUUCAAAAGAGAGGAUAGAGAGUGGUUAUUAGUGGAAAAUAGUGAACUUCGUAGUUCAAAUGUAAACCAUGGUGGAAUUUUACCUUCCCUGAUGCUAAGUUAUUAUCAUCUACCAAUACACCUCAAACAUUGCUUUGCUCUCUGCUUAAUAUUUCCAAAAGCUUACGAAAUUAAGGAGAAGUUAAUUCAUCCAUGGAUGGCAGAGGGAUUUCUACAAGGGAUCAAACCACCAGAAGAUAUUGGCAAUAGGUACUUCAAGGAUUUUUUGUGGAUGGGUUUCUUUCAAGAUGCAGAAAAAUAUGAUGAUGGCAACAUGAUUUGCUACAAAAUGCAUGAUAUCAUUCAUGAUCUUGCACGAUAUGUUUCAGGGAAAGAAUUUAUGAUAGUGGAGCAUGAUCUUCUACCACUUAGCCUGAGUUUUUCCACCAAGCGUAUAGAGGCUUCGUCUUUUGCAAACCUGUAUGGCUGCACUGGUCUUCCACAAUUGCCUGACUUGAAAACAAUGGCUGAUCUUCGCCAUCUUAUUUUAACUGGACGUGACUGUUUACCCUUGAUUCCUUUCAGUAUCAUAAAGUUGCAUCUACUUCAGACAUUGCCACAAUAUAUUGUAGAUAGGGAUUACAACUGCACCCGCCACUUGGCACAUUUAGAUCUCUGCGCAUUAACACCAAUUCCAUUUAAUAUUGAAGAGUUGCCUCAGCUUCAAACAUUGACAAUGUUUACUGUAGACGGCUACUAUAACGGCAUCCAGCAUUUGGAACAUGUAAAUCUUCACGUGGUUAGUUUGACUAACUGUAGAAAAUGUGAACAUCUUCCAGCACUUGGGAAUCUUACGUUACUUCAGACACUCUCUCUUUGUGGAAUGGAUGGCUUGAAGAGAUUUGGUCCGGAGUUCUAUGGUGAGGAAAUUCUCAGACCAUUUCCAUCACUUGAAGAACUAAGCUAG